AUGAGUAAUGCACUAGAAGCUCUAAAAUCUGCAUCACGCCGCGGGCUGCAAGCGCUUGCUAAGGAGUUGCAGUUGUGCAGAGGCAACUCAAAGUCAGACGUAAUCGUAAGCCACGCUAAGCGAUACCUUGACUGUCACCCAAAGGACGGUGAGCAGAUGUUGCUAGGUGUAUUGGGCCGCAUUGACAUCGUGACUCCUGUAACAUCGCCAAUUGCUAAAAAGGAGACGCUCUCGAAGCCAAAGAAUGUGAGUGUCAAGAAGAAAUCUAACGUCAAUGAGACCGAAAGCGACAAGAUGCAGCAAGAGGACGAACCAAUUACUCCUAUAGACGGCGUUAAGAUGAACAUCAUGAAAGCAGAUUUUACGACGAACAAUAAGCCGAUCAAAGAUGACAAGCCAGUGUUGGUGGACACCACCAUCAAGUCCAAUCAUACUAACAUUGAGAGUCCUAAACCCAAAGUUAAGGCUUCACCAUCUUCAUCAAAGAAGAUAGUCACUUCGAAAAGAAAAAUGGCUAACUUCGGUAACGCUUCACCGGGUUUUGAAAUAAAGGAAGGUACGUCGACAAGAGAUAUGGAUCCUGUUAACAAAGCUCUAUCGCCUCCCACAAAACAGCCGGUUGAUUCCAAAGACGAGAGUUUAUUUGUGAAUAAUAAAGCGGCAGCUCACCUGGAUAUCAAGGCUUGUGAAACUGUGGAGGCUUUAUUAAGUUCAAAUGCAGACCUGAAAUUUGUCAGUGACUCGCGCGUGCGAUGCUCCAUCACGGGACACGAGAUGAAGGCAGACCUGGACACUAUAAAUACCUACAUUCGCGGAAAACGCUACCAAAAAGCUCGCAAUCUCAAACUCUCCUUUGCAAAGUACGCACCGAUGUUUGUGGAUCACUCAGACAAAUCCAAGCCGGAACUAUUGUGGUGUACGGUGACGGAGUCGGCUAUCAUCCGGGAUGAGACUUGUGUUAAAAAGCAUAUUGCUGGUACGAAGUAUCAGAAGCGAUUGCCAAUCUGGAAGCAAGAAGUAGCUGCGAAAAAGAAGAUGGAGGAGGAAGAGGCAUUGCGUCAAGCAGCUCGCUCUGAGGCCGCUAGAAAGAGGAGGCUUGAAGCUGGCAAGAACGAAAGCGCUGACACUGCGACACGGGAGGGACCGAUUUUCGAAAAUUCUCGAAGCUAUCACUGUCAAUAA